AUGAGCACCAACGCCAUGCGAGGCAUCCGGAGGAAGAAGUCAUCACUUUCCGAGGUGAAGAUUGCAGUGCUGGGAGCCCCGGGUGUCGGUAAGAGUGCACUGAUCGUCAGAUUCCUCACUAAGAGAUACAUCGGAGAAUACGAUCACCAGGCAGAACAAAGAUAUAGGAACGAGAUCUUGGUAGAUGGCGAGGCUGUCUUGUUUGAGAUCCUCGACACCUGUAACAAGAACUUGGAAGCAGUACCGUCCCCGGAGGUCAUCAGCUGGGCUGACGGAUUUCUCUUAGUGUACUCCAUCACUGACCGUCAGAGCUUUAACUGGGUGAAGAGAGUGCGACUCCAUAUAUGCGAACGCAAGGUCAGUGGGCGUGUGGGAGGCCUCAGCGGCGCCACAACCCUCACGCCCGUGCCACCCAUGCAGUCGGGUGGCAUGGGUGGGGACGUGUCACCCACGCUGGGUCCACCCAUGGUCCUGCUGGCCAACAAGGCAGAUAUGGUCCAUCUGCGGCAGGUGUCUACCGAGGAAGGAGAGAUCCUGGCCAAGGACGUGGAGUGCUACUUCAGCGAGGUAGCGGCGUCUGAGCAUGUAGUGCAGGUGGCCACAGCCUUCCACGAGGUCUUCAAGGAGGUGCAGAAUGUCCGCAAGAGGUCCAAGACGUCGUUGCUGGACCGAGUCCUGGGCUCAAAGGCCACGAAGAUCUACGUCCGUGGAAAGAGUGACUCUGCCCUCCCGAAAGACUGACUAUUGAAGCUUCUGCUGUAGUGAACUUCGGGAGGUUUUGGUUCCUGGGGUCGUUCUUGGGGGCAUAGAGAGCUUCUGUCUCAGUCGUGGUUGGUGUCGAUGCAAACUGAAGUUUUGAUGAUAGAUGUAAUUCCUGGGUUGUACAAAGAUGUGGUGGUGGUGGAGUAGUAGUAAUCCUUGGGUUGUGGUAAAAGAUAUGAAGGAGGCGGGAGAGAAGUAAUUCACACGUUUUUAUACACUACCCAGUGAUUCUAGGAGAGAUGCAUUCUCUAGGAUAUACAAGAUCUGAAGUUGGUGAGAGAGUUGCAGUUGCUGGGCUGUGACAUGAGAUCAGACGAUGAUGGAGAUGAUUAAUGGCUUAAAUGUAAUGAGAGAGCUCUAAUUCUUGAGCCUUGUAACACCAGAAAUUGGAAGAAACAACUUGAAUGUUUGUUUUGGGUUGUGCUCAGGAAGUUUGUGCUAGUAUGUGUUGAUAUCUCAUAGGGCGACGUGCUUUUUAAAAGAGUCCUUUUUGUCAGAUUUUCCCUUAACAGCAGGGGUCUCCAACGGCCGAAUAACUGCACGAAAAUAAAAUCACUCACUACAUGCUUGCAGCUCCUGACACGAGCUUUUCACGAAGGUUUUAUUAACUGUGGAUAUACAACUGCAUGUUUUCAUUUUAAAGAAAUGUGUGGGAUAUGUUUGCUCAGUCUUUCCAAUAAACGAGAGAUCAUAGAGCCGCUCAUCUUAGUCUUCACUGACAGGAUAUUUCAGAUAUAGCUCAAAAAACCAAAGCUGAAAUUAGACAUUUCGGUCCGCCGUCUUGGAUCAUUAUCAAGUAUAAACUUAUUACUGGUCUAGGACACGGACCAGGUCCAGGUUUCUUUUCCAACAGGUGUGAACUUCUCUAGCCACUGAGGGAGCAGUAACCCUUGUUCGGCCGGUCUCCGGGAAUGGAAAGUCUUCAUUCAUUAAUAUGUUUCCAUCUUCUCUUGUACACGAGUUCAUAAACAAGUGUGUUGAUAUACACAAGACAGAGUCCUCAGUGUGGUGGGAAGGCAAUGUUGACAAAUAUGGGUAUGAAAAACGGACGCUGAGAGCAAGCCUAUAUCUAGGCAACGUCUCGCUCAAGGAGGGCGAAGCGUUGUUCUGCUCUAAGCAUCUAUUAUCCACAGUUUCCUCGGCAGUAUGCUGUCUAAUAAUAAUACAACUUCUUGUUCAUUUUAAUUUCUCAGAAUCAAGUCUUAAUUUUUUCAGACACAGAAGGUAAGUUUUGGGUUUGUAUCGCACUGGAGUCUACCUGGAGGGUGUUCUGGGGGUCAACGCCCCCGCGGCCCAGUCGAUGAUCAGGCCUUGCAGUGGAUCAAGGCCUGAUCAACCAGGCUGUUACUACUAGUCCUCGUGAAAUCUUGUGGAAUUUUAUUUACAUUUUAAUUUUUUUGUUGUCGCAGAUUCCUUUGGCGUAGAAAAAUUUAUAUA